UUCCCCACAUGUGGCCUCCUUUCCGAAUACCGCGAGGUUUCAACGCUCUGACCACAUCUACCAUCUCCUCAAACGCGCUCACUGGACUGAUAUCUCUCCUAACGCGUCGCCGACAUUUUACUGUAAUUCUAACCCCUGGUUUCCAGCAAUAGCGAGUGUCAUAAUAUGCCUGGUACUUCUUCUCCACAUCCGCACCAACGACGCCCAGGAGCCGUUACUCGGGGGAGGGAGAAUAGGCCACAAACACCUAUAGGAGAGGCAUCUAGAAGACGAAGGUCGCGCUCCCCGGAGCCAUGGACCGUCGAGGACGUCAAUUCACGACCAGAACCAACUGCUAUACGAAGGAAGCGGAAGGCCACAGUCCCUCAUCCGCACCCUCAACCCUCCACAUCUAGUGCUCAUUCUCAUGCUCACUCGAAGAUAAUAGCCAAAGCUCAGAGGGACUCAGCCACUCCCAUUGAACAACCAUCUGCAGACUCUGGCCCUCGCAGAACAAAGGGGAAACACAGGCCAUCAUCGGAUGAUGUAGAAAUCGUGGUUAUUCAGGAUAUUCAAAGCCGCGCAACCGGCAAGAGUAGACGGAAAGAGCGCUCCCGCUCUCGCGAUGCUUCUAAUCGUCUUUCUACGAAAGCUACUUCUGUAGAGGACUCAGACGACGAUAACGCAGAAAGCAAGAGUUAUUCUGGCUCCUUAGCUAGUGCGGAUUAUAUGCGUACCAAGACAGAUUUAGAGAAGGCACACAAGGACGUCAAGAGCUUUGAGAAGAAGAUGCACAAGCAAAGCAAGGAAAUUGAUCGGUUACGCAAAGAACUCGCAUUGUCUCAACAGUCAAAUGCAGAACAUUGCUCACAACUCGACAAGCUCAGGAAGCAGUCGAAGAAAUCAGCCGAAACCAUCUCAACUAUCGAAGGCCACAUGAGCUGUAAUAUAUGUAUGGAUUUGAUGCUGAAGCCAUUCGGUCUUGCUCCUUGCGGCCACGUUCUCUGCCAAUCCUGUCUUCAAGAAUGGUUCCGGACAGCGCCUGCAGGUGAAGAUGACAUGUUCGACGAUGAUACACCUGAAGCUCUUCUCUACCGCAAGAAGACAUGCCCUGUUUGUCGCACGGUUGUCCGCACACGACCUAUACCUCUUUUUGUUGUCAAGUCGAUUGCCAAUGCUCUUGCCAGUACUAAACCCAAUAGUCCGCGUCGUGCGUUGACUCCUCCCAAUGCAGACUCCGAUCCUUGGGCAGGUAUCUUCCUGGAUCCUGCAGAGGAGGACGGAGAGAGCGAUGAUGAUGAGUCCGAUGACGACGAUGAGGAUGACUAUGAUGAAUAUGACCAAUGGUCUUCUGAUGCAGAUGGUUACGGUUCAGCGGAUGACAGUGAACCCUAUAACGGCCAAUACACCUUCCCGCGAUGGUCUCCGCCAACUGUAAACGUGUCUCCUCUCGAUCUCCAUUUCCUUGAUACUUUGACCGGCGAAGAACUCAGCAUGCUUCGCCGCGGGUGCACACUCCAAAUGAUUCAGCUCUUCGACAUGCACUACACUCACGACGCUGGUCUUCAAGCAACCGUGGACGGCAACCUCAUCUACUUGGGAUGGAACAUUCGACUUUUACCUGAAGAUGAUGCGGGCGAGGAUUACAUGGAAUGGGUGAUGAGGGAUAUCCAUGAACGAGACGACAGGUGGGACAAACAUGAUAAACCAGACGGCACUUUCGAAGCUUGGAGGAUGAUUAGGGAAGGUGAGGAUGAGGACGACUAUGAGACCACAGAUUCUGAGGUGUGGGCAGCAGAGUUGGCGGCAGAUGACGAUACCAUGGAUGAAUUCUAGAUUGGACCAGUUUUCAGAGCUAUCAUAAGUCAUAGACAUUGACAUCUCUAUACCCUUAUGUUGUACCUUGUUUCUUCGGUGUGUAAUCAGUAAAGGCUUUGUAGAACUAUGGAUUAUAAUUGUAUACGACUGAUACUGGAUUGCU